ACCUGACAAACGGAAGCUGCAUCUUAAAUCCAAGUGGGGAACAUUAGGAUCCUUAGGGUUCCGCGGAGAUGGCCACCGCAUCGCUGGACGCACUGCAAGCAGCCUAUGUGGACUUCAGUGAGCUAACACUAAGAGAGAAAGUCGGCCAUGGGUCCUACGGAGUGGUCUGCAAGGCCGUCUGGCGCGACAGGCUGGUGGCCGUCAAGGAGUUCUUCGCCAGCGCCGAGCAGAAGGACAUCGAGAAGGAGGUGAAGCAGCUGUCGCGCGUGAAGCACCCGAACAUCAUCGCUCUGCACGGCAUAUCCUCGUACCAGCAGGCCACCUACCUGAUCAUGGAGUACGCCGAAGGUGGAUCCCUGCACAACUUCCUCCACGGCAAGGUGAAGCCGGCCUAUUCCCUAGCCCACGCCAUGAGCUGGGCGCGCCAAUGUGCGGAGGGACUGGCAUAUUUGCAUGCCAUGACGCCGAAACCGCUGAUCCAUCGCGACGUGAAGCCGCUGAACCUGCUCCUGACCAACAAGGGGCGCAAUCUGAAGAUCUGCGACUUCGGCACGGUGGCGGACAAGUCGACCAUGAUGACCAACAAUCGCGGCAGUGCCGCUUGGAUGGCGCCCGAGGUCUUCGAAGGCUCCAAGUAUACGGAGAAGUGUGACAUUUUCAGCUGGGCCAUUGUGCUAUGGGAGGUGCUGUCCAGGAAGCAACCCUUUAAGGGCAUCGACAAUGCCUACACCAUCCAGUGGAAGAUCUACAAGGGUGAACGCCCACCGCUGCUGACGACCUGCCCCAAGCGCAUCGAGGACCUGAUGACCGCCUGCUGGAAAACGGUGCCCGAGGAUCGCCCGUCGAUGCAGUACAUAGUGGGCGUCAUGCACGAGAUCGUGAAGGACUACACGGGGGCGGACAAGGCCCUGGAAUACACAUUUGUUAAUCAGCAGAUUGUCACCAAAGAGAGCGACGGCACGGUGGCCGCUCAACCGGAUAGCCUCAGUUCGCAGGAGGGGGAACUGAGCCCCUCGUCCACACAGUUAACACCGACAACGGCGGCCAACGCCAAUGUGAACGCGAUAGCAAUAACAGAAACAACGACUAGCUCAAUGACCGAAAAUACCUCAUCAACAUCAUCGGACAUCACGCCGACGAACUCGGGCCAACUUGACAAUAAUCCGCUAUUCCACAUGGUCAGCAAUCGCUGGGACGCGAUUCCCGAGGAGGAUAGCAACGAGAGCCGGAACGAUAGCUUCAACCUCACCUCGUCGGCGGAGGCCACGCAGCGCCUCGAGACGAUCCGGAACGGCAUGAUCCUGAUGGCCUGCAAGCCCAUGGAGCAGCUCACCCUCGACGUGGAGGCGAAUGGCUUUGAUCUGAGUCGCAGCGAAAGCAGCAGCAGCAGCACGAACGCAAAGAGCGAUGGCCGCGAACGACUCACGGUGACGGACACCAAGCCGGUGAUGAUGACCACGGACCUGGCCAACAACAACAGCGGCAGCCACGCCCACGCGAACGGACUGCUGAGCCAUGCGAAUGGGCGGCAAGCGGUGGAUGAGGAGCUGCAGGAGCAGGAGCACGAGCAGGAGAUCGUCAACUCACUGGACGUGGACGUGGAUCCCGACGAGGACGAGAACGACGGCACCGAGCAAUCGCUGGCCGAGAUCCUCGACCCGGAGCUGCAGCCAGAGCCCCCGAUUCCCAACGAUGCCGAGUCGCAGCUCAUCUACCGGGAGCACCGGCACAUGGCCAAGGAGUACCUGAGCGUCGACACGAACCUCUACUACGCGCAGGACUUCAAGGACAAGCUCAUUGUGCAGAUGGAUCGCACCGAGCGCGAACAGAAGCAGGAGCUGCUGCGCAAGAUGAAGGAUAAGGAGGGUCUACAGAGUCUGUACAACAAUCUGCAGCAGCAGUACGCUUCCCGCCGACUUGCGGCCGGCCAUCAUCCGCACCCUCAUCCGCAUCCACAUCAGCAUCAGCAUCCACACUCGCAUCCCCAUCCGCACUCGCAUGCGCAGCAGGAGGAGGGCAGUGGACUGCUGUCCGGAUCGGUGGGCGGAGGCUCGGAGUCCGUGGAGGAAGGCUGGGUGGUCAUCCCACCGCACCACAACGCGUAGUCUCGUGCGCCGUCGGAUCGACUCUCUAUGUCUUUUAGGCUAGUACUGUAACCUUUAAUCCGUAAUCCGUAAUCCGUAAUCCGUAAUCUGUAAUCUGUAAUCCGUACUCUGUAAUCCAUAAUCUGUAAUCCAAUAUUCGUAAUCUGUAUCUGUACCAUUAGCCAUAGCACAUUGUUUAUUUCUAUAGCUAUAACUAUUGCGGACGUGUUUGUUCGUUGUAAGCGUUUUUUUAUUUAAGUUUAAGCGUAUUUAGUCCGUGUUUCUUUUAAUUUAGCAAACAACUGUUCUGAUCCAUUAGCAGUCUCGCAAACUUCAUUUAGGUUUUAAUAUUAUGGUAAAGCUUAAUUACACACAUACUUAGCAUUAACACAUGUAUCUGACAAGGAGUAGACCAAAAAAAUAUAAAAACCAUCGAAAGCAACGACAAAACAAA